AUGCUUAUAGAAGGGCACAACACAAAUAAUAUAAGUGAGGCCUUCAUGAGAAUUUUAAAGGACAGGAUUUAUGAGAGGGUGCGUGCCUUCAAUGUGGUUCAGAUGGUGGACUUUUUUCUCACAAAGGUGAAUUUGUAUUUUCAGAGGAGACUUCUUGAUGCUGCUAAUGGAGCAAGUCCUAAGUCUUUCUGUAGGCCUAUAAAGGCUCCUUCACAGGAGAUUCUAGCAAAAAUCAGACAAGUCAAUGAGGAUGUUCUGCUCGUUCCCAGUGAAGAAAGGGAGAAUCAUUAUUACAUUGUUAAUAUGGCUGUUCUUGUUUGCACUUGUUGCCAAGGCAAUACAGGGAAGAUCUGCAAACAUGUAGACUGGGGCAGUACUGUUUUACCAUCAGGAAACUACAGGGAGGUGACUGAUAGUGACAGUAUACGCAGACUGUAUUAUUUUAUUGCUACAAAUGAGGAGCCUCCUGAAGGGUGGCUAGAGCCUCUGUAUUGCUCUCAGAAUGCAGGGGCUUCAAGUUCUUCAGAACGUUUGGAGCAAAUGGACACAGGUUUGCUCUGUGAAAGCCAAGAAGAGAUGCCAGAGACACUUCACAUGGAGACAGUUCCAGACAAUAGAAAUAAUAAUUUAAUCGACGAGAUAAAAGCUCGUCUCAUAGAUUUUUCAAAUAAAUCCCCUGAGGAAAUGAGGAAAGGCCUUGAAGUCAUGUGCGAAAAAUUGAGAAAGCUUAAAACGCCAUCUGCAUGUGCAUCUUAUUUGGCAAAUUUUGGUGAAGGAAAAUCUAGAAAAAAUCGUGGUAACUAUAUUCCCGUUCAGCCCACUGCAAUAAGCAGAAGAAAAGACAAGUUGGCAGGUCGCAGAUGUCAUCCGGGGGGAAGACAAAGACCACACUCUAAGCAAAGCAAGGAAUUUGUAAAGGCAGUAGAAAUUUCUGAAAUGGCUACCUUUCCAUCACCAGCUACGCAAUCAUCCCAGUCAGCUUCAGACUUUUGA